AUGGGUAUUGAUAUCAACCACAGAUACGAUCGUAAGGUUCGCAGAACCGAGCCGAAAUCUCAGGAUGUUUACCUGCGUUUGCUCGUCAAGCUGUACCGCUUCCUCCAGCGCCGUACGAUCAAGAAGUUCAACCGCAUCAUCCUGAAGCGUUUGUUUAUGAGAAAGAUCAAUCGGCCACCACUAUCUCUGCAGCGCAUCGCACGUUUCUUCAAGGCUGCCAACCAGCCCGAGUCCACCGUUGUGGUUGUCGGCACAGUCACCGAUGAUGCCCGUCUGUUGGUUCCUAAGCUGACCCUGUGCGCCCUGCACGUUACCCAGACGGCUAGGGAGCGCAUCCUGAAGGCUGGCGGCGAGGUCCUGACCUUCGACCAGUUGGCCCUGAAGUCGCCUACCGGCAAGAACACCAUGCUGCUGCAGGGUAAGCGCACUGCUCGCACCGCCUGCAAGCACUUCGGCAAGACUCCUGGUGUGCCCCACUCGCAUACACGCCCCUAUGUCCGCUCCAAGGGACGCAAGUUCGAGCGUGCUCGUGGUCGUCGCUCCAGCUGCGGUUACAAGAAGUAAGCAACUACAUCG